CAGACUUGCAUUUGGUUCUGGCAAAGAAGAAUCGUACCCUCGAAAGCAAAGUGAAAAAAGUGCUAAUUUUCCUGCAAAGAAAUGUUCACUAUGAAACAGUUUGUGUUGGUUUUUGGUUUUCUUGCCUUGCUUUGCCUACAUGAGGCCAGGGGAGGACCUGUAGAAGCGGACAAAUCACCAUCAUCUUCAGCAUCAUCCUCGGACACGGAUGACGAUAUGAAAACUUCGGAGACCUAUGGUUAUGGUUAUUACCAACCCGGUUUGUAUGCACAUCCACAAGCUUUGUACACAGCUCCCCAUCCCGCACCAUUGACAACCGUGGCCAGUUAUCAUCCGGCUCAAUUUUCAAGUGUCUCCACAUAUCCUGUGGCUCCUGCUCUCACCACAACCACAUCGCUGUUGUCAUCCACAUCGGCUGGUGCUGCCCGUUCCGCUUCGGGUUACGGCUAUGGUAGUGGUUAUAAAUAUGGUCAUGGUUAUGGUUUUGGAAAUCGUUAUGGAUACGGCAGCAAUGCCCGCACCGCUACCACAAAUGAAUACUAUCGUCGUCAACCGGUUUAUGUUGCCUGGGGUUAAUAUUCAAUCCUGAAAUUCCGAUCCUGAAAAUUUGAUAAUGAAAUUGACAACAAAAGUGUAAAAGAAUUUGGAAAAAUUAUUGAAUAAAUUACCGUUAUUAGCAAAUA